AUGGCGACAGUGUGUUAAAGAAACGGCAAAAAACGGGUGGAAGAAAAUUGUUUCUUUCGAUUUUAAUAGUAUAAUAAAUUACUAGGUUUUAGUAAAUUAGGUGCAAAUAAAUUAAUUGCUUAAAUUAAAGAAAGUAUUAUAAAUAAAUAGCGUUGAAGUGAUUUAAUUACGAAUGUUCUGGAAUUUUAGCUGAGAUUUUAAAUAAUCGCCCAGUGUUGUGUGUGUGUUUGUGUAUAUAUGUGAAAACAAGGAGGAGCAAAGCAGUAAAUUAAUUUUUUUAUGCUGCAACAUCACAACAAAAUUUAGUUUUUGUAAGACAACAGGCAUCCCAGCUGAAACCAAUACACUCAUACAAAUACGUACACUUGCAACAGCACUGAGCCGCCGCACUUAUUGAGGCAUAAAGAAACGUUUAAUAAAGAAACCCGCAGACAACAAUGACGGAGUACAAAUUAGUUGUAGUUGGUGCGGGUGGUGUUGGCAAAUCUGCACUUACAAUACAAUUAAUACAAAAUCAUUUUGUAGACGAAUACGAUCCGACAAUUGAAGAUUCCUAUAGAAAGCAAGUGGUCAUAGAUGGUGAAACGUGUUUACUAGAUAUUUUAGAUACAGCAGGGCAAGAAGAAUACUCAGCUAUGCGUGAUCAAUAUAUGCGUACGGGGGAAGGGUUUCUGUUAGUCUUUGCUGUAAAUAGUGCAAAGUCCUUCGAAGAUAUAGGCACAUAUCGUGAACAAAUUAAACGUGUUAAAGAUGCUGAAGAAGUACCGAUGGUACUUGUUGGCAAUAAAUGUGAUCUACAGGCAUGGGCAGUAAAUAUGAGUCAAGCAAGAGAAGUGGCCAAACAAUAUGGCAUUCCAUUUGUUGAAACAUCCGCCAAAACGCGUAUGGGUGUAGAUGAUGCAUUCUAUACGUUGGUACGUGAAAUCCGCAAAGAUAAAGAGCAUAGAGGGAAAAAGAAUCGUAAGCAUAAUAAACUGCCGCAUCGUAAAUUUAAAUGUGAGUUGCUUUAAAUAAAAAACAAAAAAAAAAACGAAUGGAGAAGCAACUAUAGGUUGAUAUAAACGAUGAAGAGAAAAAAAGCACUUUCAUAUUUUUUCAUAUAAUACUAAUUCGUAAACAAGAAGUAAAAUACCCAAAACGGUAUUUGAUAUAUAUAGAUAUAUCAGAACAUAUAUAAAACAAAAUCAGAGGAUAAAAUAUUUCAUCAUUUA